AAUUUUUUUCAAAACAAAUGGUUGCAAAACGAUGGAGAGUUCGCAGAGAAAAUUCGAGGCCGCGGUCGAUGUUAUUCGAGCAUUACCAAAAUCUGGCUCUUUCCAACCGUCUCACGAGAUGAUGUUAAAAUUUUAUGGAUAUUAUAAACAAGCAAAAGAAGGUCCUUGCAAUGAAACAAAACCCUCCUUUUGGGAUGUAAUUAAAAAGGCUAAGUGGGAGGCUUGGUCAAAACUUGGUGAUACAAGCAAAAAAGAAGCUAUGGAAAGUUAUGUUUAUGAACUUAAAGAGGUCAUUCGAAAUAUGCCGGAGACAGACCAAGCUUCACAAUUCAUCACUGCUCUGGAGCCAUUUUAUAAAGUAGCGUAUGCAAAGGGAGAAAAGUCACCACCAAUAUUUAACAUAUUUCACAAAAAGCAAGACCGUACACCAGUUAUCAAAAUGAAUGGACAUGCUCUUCCGUUAAGAGAAAUAGGUGACAACCAUAAACUUAACACAAGUCAUGCAAGUAAAAUACAUAACAUUUCUGAGACUGUUUGCAAUGGACAAUCAAAUGACAUUGAAAAUACUGGGACAACAGGAUCAUCGCUAAGUAAUGGGGACAUGAAUGGAUUUAUACCUAGGAAAAAUGACCUAAAUGGUGCUUCAAGUAACGACCAUGUUGUCAUAAAUGGGGAUUUGGGUGAUAGUAACAAAGAGAGCAAUGGUAAUAAGGAUAUGCAAGAUGAUACAGAGGAAGAAGAUGAUGAUGAUGAUCUCUUCUGUGAUUCUCUUGGUCCAGAAUUACUCGAAGAGCAGAAUGGCCAAGUAAGGUUGCCUAAUUCAGCAAUGUUGGAGUCUGUUCCAGAGGAUAUAGUACCAUUGAAUGACAGAUGCCUUUCUAGCUUUUCUGAUGUAGAAAUUCUUGAACAAUUUGACAUGAGGAAGAAUGGUGGUAGCAGUGGUGAAACUAGUAGUCCACAUUCGGAUAAGAUGGUUCAUGUUCAUUUUGAGGAUCUCAAUACAUCCGAGGUUGAAGGAGCAAUUACUCAUCACAAGGCAUCAAAAGAACAUGGUGUUAAGGAAUGUGUCGUACAGCCUAACCAAGUAGGAGCUGGUUCCGGUGCUGGGGAUAGUAAGGGGCCAUCUAGAGCUACUGGUUCUGGCGGAAAACAUACACAAAGAAAUGCUCAAUAUUCGGAAAGAUCUACUAGAUAUGGUCAAAGAUAUCGACGACGAAGUCAAGAGAGUGACAGCGAUGAAAGCCCUGGCCGAUCUGAUCACAAUUCAAGUAGCGAGAGAGACGAUGUGGCCAUCGAUAGGAUUGCAGAUCUUCUGAUAGAAAUACAGGAUAAUAUGAAAAAGAUUUUAGACAGGCUUAAGAGGCUAGAAACAUCGUUGCAACAAAGUCAAAGUAUCUCGUGGUUCGAAAACUACAGACCUUCCAAGACCUUUUUAUUUCUUAUUCUUUGGCCUUUUAUUGUCAAUUUCCUCUUCAAGUUUUUGCGACGAAGAUUUUCGACAAAACAAAGAUAACAUUGAGGCCGCGACUUCGUCGAGAUGGUCUAGAGUCCACUGGCCUUGUGAGUUGGUGAUAAUGAGGUUACAAAUACAUUAUGGGACGUGAUGACGCGACCAAAAUUAUCGUUCCGGAAAAUAGUCGGUCUCAUGAUACACUGCCAAUUGUUUUAAGAAAGGUGCAUUUGUUACAUGCCAGCUCUGGUCGAAAAGCCUGGGACUUUUCAGAGCCGUCUAUCCCAGACAAAAAUAAAAAAGGAACUUAUUUGUUUAGAAUGUGUACCAUUGUCUGCCUCACAUUGUUGAGUAGACAUGUACAAGUAUUACGUCUACCAACCAUUUUUGACCAUUGUAUGUUUUGGGCCAUAAAUAUUUUCUUAUAAAAACUAAUUGAAUUACACCUAGUGUAGUUGAUCACAAUGAGAUACCAUACACAACGACUAUGAUUAUAACUUCUAAAUAAAUUUGUAGCUAUAAUGAUUGAAGUGGGUUGCAGUUUAAAUUAAACAACAUUGAU